AUGUCAAUGCCAGGCAUCCGAGUGGUGCUCAAGGUGGACCUGGGUGCUGGCCUCCUGCCAGAAGAGAUCCUGACCCCCACCCUCUACCAUGGCUACUAUGUCCGGCCCCGGGCCACGCGAGCUGGGGAGGGCAGCAGGGCAGGGGCCUCUGAGCUCAGGCUCAGCGAGGGCAAGUUCCAGGCGUUUCUGGACGUGAGCCAUUUUACCCCAGAUGAGGUGACCGUGAGGACCGUGGACAACCUGCUGGAGGUGUCCGCGCGGCACCCCCAGCGCCUGGACCGCCACGGCUUCGUGUCCCGAGAGUUCUGCCGCACCUACGUGCUGCCCGCCGACGUGGACCCCUGGCGGGUCCGCGCCGCGCUCUCCCACGACGGCAUCCUGAACCUGGAGGCGCCCCGGGGGGGCCGGCAUUUGGACACAGAGGUCAACGAGGUCUACAUCUCCCUCCUCCCUCCGCCCCCUGAUCCCGAGGAGGAGGAGGGGGAGACAGCCGGAGCUGAGCCCUGAGUGCCACAGCCCCAGCGCCCAGCCCUUUCUGCCUCCCGUGGCGGUGCAGCAGCUGCCACCACCCGAGGCAGCAGCAUCCUCGGGGGAAGGGAAGAGUGCGCGGGCCACAGUGUAUGAUUUGGUCCUUUGGGACGUGUGUGUCCUAGCCUUUGGUUUCGUUCUGGGUAGAGCUGAAUAAACCCACGUCUCAGGGC